AUUCUUCACAAAAACCCAGCGAGGUAUACAUAGAUUCCUGUACCUAUUUUACAGAUGAGAAAACAUAAGUAAACUCAGAAAACAUAAGUGAUUUGUCUAAAAAGAAAUUGAAACCCAGGAGUAAAAUGCACCCUUUUAACCCGAAGCCUGGCUCUUUCCUUCCAUGUUGACACUGACUUCAAGUGCCACUGGCACUAGGACUGUUCCCUGCUGAGGGGGCCACCUGCUAAAGACCAGGGUCAUCAUAAAAGGCUGACCCCUGAGACCACAGUCCCAGCCCCCAAUUCCCACAGUGGUCAGCCUCAUGCUGUCCUGCCAGAUGGUGAUGCAACCCCACCAAUCAAAGGUCCCAGCAGCAGGACCCCCCUGGUGUUUAGGGGCUGUAGCCGGAGCUCCCCACCUCCUGCCCAGAGAGCAUGAUAGCUCACAUUAUUGAGUUCUUAGUACAGGCUAGGCACUCUUCUAGGCUCUUUACAUGAAUUAACUCAGUAAAUCCUCAGAACAACACCAUGAGGCAAGUACAGUUAUUAUCUCCACUUUCUGGACACUUAGGAGAGAUUAGGUCAUUUGCCCAGGAUUGCAUAACCAAUGAUUUUCAAAGCCAAGAUAUGCAUUCUGGGAGUCUGUGCUCUUAACAAAACCACCAUUCUGCCUCUCCUGAGCCAGUCGUUUUUUACUUCUUGGGGUCAUUUGUAUCAUACAGAGUGCAAUGAAAUCUCUGGACCCUCUCCCUAUCAAAAUGCAGUUUUGCAGAAUGUUGCAUAUCUCAGAACUUCAGGGACCCCUGAGGCCCAUCGUGUACCGACUUCGGACUUGGAAUCACGAUUUAUCUCGUACAUACUGGAGGGAAUUUUCCAGGGACGAAAAGGGAAGCGCCACAAGCGCUCCCAGCGCUGCGGGACUUCGCCUCUGCAAACCGGGAGGAGAGCUGCGCUGGGCUGCGCAGUGACGGAGGUGCCAGUUCUCUGAGACUCAGGAACAGUGAGCACUGGGACCACAGUGCCCUGGGACCGCAGUGCCCUGAGAACGCAGCCGCCGGUCGCUGAGCCUCCGGAGUCCAAUAGCUGAAUGAGAUACGCACGGACCAGCAGCUAGACUCAAAUCCUGAGUCCCUGCCAGCAUCCUGGAGUCACGAGACAGAGGAUUGGGAGCAGACGGGAUCUCGGAACUCUGGUCCCAGGCGCGCAGGGGCGGCACCGCUGUUCGUGGUGCUGAAACGCCGCGGUCACGGGAGAGCGCGGCCGCCUGCCCUCCUGGUACCGCGCCGCGGUCACUGCGGGAACUGUCCGGUGCUGAACGUGGAUGCGGCCCGGCCCGCGGGGCUUAGAUCGGAGCCUGCCGCGCCCACCGGAGCAAGAACCCGGCUCCUGCGAGCGCUGACGCAGAGCGUGGGGAGAGCGCAGCAGCGAGCUCCCGGCAUGGACCUGCAGAGACCCGACUCCUACCAGGGGGGAGCUGGCCCUGACUUCGAUGAGCAUGUCCUGCAUAAGACCAUCCUGGUGGGCGACAGUGGCGUGGGGAAGACAUCUCUGCUGGUUCAGUUCGACCAGGGCAAGUUCAUCCCGGGCUCCUUCUCGGCCACCGUGGGCAUCGGAUUCACAAACAAGGUGGUGACCGUGGAUGGCAUGAGGGUGAAGCUGCAGAUCUGGGACACCGCUGGGCAGGAGCGGUUCCGCAGCGUCACCCAUGCUUAUUACAGAGACGCCCAGGCCUUGCUCCUGCUCUACGACAUCACCAACAAAGCUUCCUUUGACAACAUCAGGGCCUGGCUCACUGAGAUCCAUGAGUGUGCCCAGAGGGACGUGGUGAUCAUGCUGCUAGGCAACAAGGCAGAUGUGAGCAAUGAAAGGGUGAUCAGCUCAGAGGACGGAGAAACCCUGGCCAGGGAGUACGGCGUUCCCUUCAUGGAGACCAGCGCUAAGACGGGCAUGAACGUGGAGUUGGCCUUUCUGGCCAUUGCCAAAGAGCUGAAAUACCGGGCAGGGCGGCAGGCCAAUGAGCCCAGCUUCCAGCUCCGAGACUACGUGGAGUCCCAGAAGAAGCGCCCCAGCUGCUGCUCCUUUCUGUAAAGCCCAAGGGGUAGAGAAGAAGCUCCAGAGACCCACAGGGAUGCAGCUGUCUCCCCCAGACCUGGCUUAUUGGGAGUGGCAGAGCCGAUGGGGAGAAAGUCAGGAGACCCAGUACAUAGCCCCUUCCCGAGGGGAGCAUACUCCAGCUCCCACCCUAGUUCCUGUAGCUUCCCUGCAUCCCAAAAGGGGGUAAAAUACUUAUAUUUUAUUUUAAUGCUAUAUAAUUUAAUACCAAGGAAAAAAAGGCACCAAGGUGCCCAGAAAACCAAGGUAGGGACCUGAUGGCCCUUCCAGGUUGCCUUCUAGGAUUUGGGACUAGGACUUAGGGGGCUGGGCCUGUCUCCUAGCCCUGACAAGGGCGGUAUUGCUCCAGCUCUCGGCACCAGGGGGCAUUGAUGCACUUCAGGGGUGCAAGGGCACGUAGUGACCCUGUCAGCACCCUAUCUUCAGCUGGAGAGAGUCUGAGCAGGCCUGAGCUUUCACUCCCUCCUGCCCUCCAUGAGCUUAUCUUCCCCAGUAAGGUGGGCUCUUGCCUGAGACAAAAGCCCCAGGGAAGAUGAGAGACGAGAUUGGGAGGAGGAAAGCGAGUAGCAGAGAUCUCGGUCUGUCUGCCUCGCUACCUCUGGCCUUACUGAUGCCCCUUCCUACCGGGUGUGCCCCUUCUCCUCCACACACAAGCACACUGGGGCACCUGGUUCCUGUUCUCUGGACCUCAGGUCCCAGGGGAUCCCCUCUCCUCUGAAUCCCUGACUUAGCUACCUUUCAUCCUGUGCUCCUAGAUACCUAGGAUGAGAAGUGGGAAAGGAUCUUUCUUCUAGUCCAGUCCUUUGGCAGGUGCGCAGCCACACAGGCAACUUCUUCAAGCAGCUGUAGUGCUUAUCUCUCCUGGGUUAAGAGCCAGAUGAAGAGACACCCCUGGCUCCUGGAGCAGGUGGGAGGCAGAACUGAGCAAGCCUCACCCCACAUGUAUCCCCUUAAACUCAAGCUCCGCCUCCUCCCUGACCACCCAUGCCCCUUAACUUCUCAGACAGACACCAGGGCCAAAACUGCUUUAUUUCCCUUCCUACUGGGUCAGGUUAGGGGCUGGGAGGCCAUCCAUUUCUGCAUUCACCAAUGCAAUGUGGGUAAUUCUGGGGUGGGGAGAGGGGUAGCAUGGAGUUCAUUUGAACUCCUUGGUCACAUGUCCCCCAGAGCCCUGACUCUAGCCAUUGGAAUUGGAGAGGAGACAUGCAGGUCAUGACCUCCAUGCACCUUUACUCCAGCUCUGCACGUCAGAGGUGGGGGAGAGGGGUGAGAAAGAAGUAUGCACUGCAUAUUUUUGAGGCUACUGCAUUUUUGCUCCUAAGGCAGAAAUCUUGCUCUCUGAGCAGAGUCAGCAGCUCCAACUUGGGCCCGAUAAGAAAGCUCUCCAUGGCCUCUCCCAUGCGGAGCAGGGAGGAGCCUGACCUUGCCAAGUCUCUUCUGGGGCCCAAGGCAGGUUGCAGGAGAUCCAAUCGCGUAGACAGCUAUGGGCCUCUACCAUUUGUGUUUUUCAGAAUUAAAUUGCAGUAUUUUGGAAAGUA